AUGCGAAUUUCGAAUUUAUACGCAAAACAUUCAAGGCUUAAAGAACGCGUGGGACAUGCGUACUACAACUAUGGCAGGGGGUUGUUAUCGCAUAGCUUUGAGCUGUACAAUGAGCUUAACACAUUUUCUUCAACUGAAACUGCCAAAUCGCACUUUGCAUGCCUUAAAGUGUCUAAUGACGGUCAUGAACUGAACGAGGGGUUACCUUCAAACGGUUGUCUUAUACUUUCUCCUUCGCUCUUUUGGAAAAGCAAUGUGGGAUUAUUUUAUAAGGACCCUGAUGUCGUGAAAACGAUGCGCUCUUUUCUUUGCAGAUCAUCGUUUUGUGUAAGGGACCUCUUCUUAGGCAUGCCCUUGGAUGGAACAGGGAUAAAAAGCAGUUAUGAUCAAAAUGUACCGUUGUUUAAUCUUUAUUACGGCCUAACAUUGUUUGCGGCCAAAAUAGACAAUUCUACUGCAGAUUCGUUGAGAACGCAUCUUUUGCGGAAAUUUUCGUUUUUAAAUCUCUCUCCGCAUCAAGAUUCAUUUUUCAAGCAUGUUUUCUACAGGCCUCGAAAAUAUUUUGCCAGCUUCCUUCCGUUAAUUCUCUCGUAUGUUCUUCUCGUGUUUUACUUAUACUUUUCUGUCUCGAAAAUAAUUAUGGUGAAGAGCAAGUGGGGGCUAGCCCUGGCAGCAGUUGUUACAGUUGCUGCAACCUCAAUUAUGACUGCUGGCAUCUGUGUGCAGUUCAGUAUGUUGCCAACUCUUUGGGGUGCUGAGCUUUUUCCAUAUUUAGCUCUUGUUGUCGGUCUGGAAAAUACGCUCUGCUUGACAAGGUCUGUUGUUUAUACGCCACCUGCAAUGGAUGUUCGCUCCCGUAUUUCUCAUGGUCUUAGUCAGGAGGGUUAUUCAUUCACAAAAUAUUUUUUACUCGAAAUGGCUUUUCUUUUUGUUGGCUUUUUAACAUUCGUCUCAGAAAUCCAAGAGUUCUGCGUCUUUGCAUGGAUUGGGCUUGUUAUCGACUUCUAUAUGCAGCUAUUUUUUUAUGCCCCUUGCCUGACUCUUGACUUGUUGAGACUUGACCCAGAGGAAAAACAACGAUUUUCGUCAAUGCUCUUCUUUUCGGAUAUCCGACAGUAUAAAAAUUAUUCAAAUCCAAAGUAG